GCAAAAUUUUGAUAUAACGUCAUCAAUUUUUGUGGAGAACAAAUGGAUAUUUUUUGAUUAACAAUUUAUCAUGCUUACAAUAACUUUAAAAGGUCUGCAAGAUUUCAAAGUAUUCAGUUUUGCAAUUCUUGAUUUACUCAAUCUAAUAAAUUGACUCCUUAGUCAUAAUUUUUUUUGGAAUACCUUGUACAUAUAAGCAAUUUAAAAAAAAAUAUUAAUGCAGUGAUAAAUCACAAGUAUAGACUCAUCACAUUUUGGACAUUUAAGAUAGGAUUUAUUCAGCAAUAUUUUGAGGUGACGUCAUUAUUUUUUUAGGGGGAUGAGCAAAUACAUUUUGACCAACAAUUUACCAUGCUUAUGAUAACUUUAAAACAUCUCCAAUAUUUCAAUGCAGCCGGCAAAUAUCCAAUUUGUGCGUGGCCAAAUGAGGCACUUCUCAUGGUCAGCAAAGUACUUCAUCACUAGACAGCGGAUUUCUGUCGGGCUACGUCACGAUUAUAGGCGGGGACGCGCUGCAUCGCCGGGACUCAGUAGCGGGUGAUAGGUAAUCACUGAAUUUAAUUGUCACUUGAUUCCAUAAAUACAAUAGGGUAUUCCACGAUUUUUUUUUUAAUGCACUAUACGAAAGAAUAUCGUCUACAAAAUGCGAAGAUGCGGUCAAUAUUUUUUUUACUUUUCAAUAACUCAAAAAAAAAAAAGUUAAAUUUAAAGUGAUUUUUUCCCGCGGUUAAGUUGUGCAUUACGUACGUCAUGAUGACGUACGUAACGCUGACCAAUGGGAUCAGCGUAGCGAUGUGGCAACUCCGCUCACGCUGCUUUAAAGUUAGACGACAUCGGUAUUUAGCCAUCUUGAAUUCUUGUUGGGUUAUGAUAGGUUAGGUUUAUUUAUGUUUGGUCGAUCUUAGUGUUAACGUUUUUUAAUUUGCUCUCAUUGAAGCUUAAAAUAAUUUAAAAAGUUAGUCGUUUCCAUUAUUUGACAUUGUUUGUUUAAAGACGGUGAGUAGAAUUGGCCGUUUAAUAUUUACCACUUACCAAAACCUUUUACAGCGACUUACAACUUAAAAUUGUGUAGGAAGAUUAUCUGGGAAAAUACGGCACAGAAUAAAUAGUCACAAUGGAAAGUGAAUAUGAGCAAGCUACUUCUACCAAUCUCCCUGUAGUUGAUGAUGUAAUGAUAGAUUUGUAUUAUCGAAGAAAUGUGAAUUUUCUGAUACCAGGUGUUGAAAAUGUGAAAACCGAACGUGGAGCUCGUGCAACUUACGGCGACGAUGCUGUUGGUUAUGUGCAGUUGAGACGACACGAUGAGAUUUGUACUGUCAAAGCUUUGAUUGCACCAGAACAUAAAGUUCGCCUAAAAGGCUAUGAAGUUUCAGUAACAAUAAAUGAGUCUGAACAAUGCAUAAUUGACUCAAAGUGUUAUGACUGUGCUGCAAGUGAAGGUGGUUGUAAACAUGGUGUAGCCUUACUGUUCUGGUUAUACAGACGCACCUUGGAGCCUUCAGUGACUUCUGUUGAAUGUUAUUGGAGGAAGUCUACUCUGUCUAAAGUUGGCAGUACUAUAAAAGGGCAAAGAAUGAGAGAGUUGUUUAAUUUUCGGCAAGUUCCUUCUUUACCAACAAAAGGGACGGCAUUUUUGGACAAAUUAAUUUCUACCGCAUUAAAAUCAGAUAGUCAUUCAAUUCUUGCUAAGAUGUAUAAGAGUGAAGUGAAUAUUUUGGAGAAAGCUUCGUUGUACCAUUUAUGUCUUUCUUAUAAAAAAACGACUGAUGCACCAGAUGCAGAAGACUUCAUAUCGUUUUGCCAAAAUAAUUUAAAUAGUGAAAUUUGCAAAAGUAUAAAUACUUUAACAAUAUUGCAGUCACAAUCUAAAGCCUGGUUUGAUGUUAGAUAUGCGAGAAUAACAGCUUCAAAACUGCAUGAAGUUGCUCACUGCAAAACUGUUGAUGGAGCUAUAACUGCUGCAGUUCUGGCAGCAUCAAAAUUUAGAGGAACAAAGGCCAUGAAAAGAGGCCUUAACCUUGAAGAAGAUGUCUUAAAAGUCAUAGGUGAGAAGAAAAAUAUUAAAUUAGAAAGAGUAGGAAUGACCAUAAAUCAUAUGUACCCAAUAUUUGGUGCCUCGGCAGAUGCAAUGUCUGAUAAAUAUUGCGUUGAAAUAAAAUGUCCAAUAAAGACAAAUACUGUAAAAAAUUACAUUACGCCAGAGGGUGAAAUAACUCCUAAACCAUAUGCACAACUGCAGCUGCAAAUGUUUCUUAAUAAAAAACAAUGGGGUUUAUUUUGUGUUGCAUCUCCAUCUUUUGAAACGGACAGAAAUGUGACUAUAAAGGAAAUUCCUUUGGAUGAAAAUUUUUGUCACAAUGUAAUGGAGCAGGCACAAGCUUUUUGGAAAAAAGCGAUUUUUCCAAUUUUAAUUAACUGACGUUUUCAAUAAUUAUACUUAUUUAUUUCAUAAUUAUUUCUUAUUCAUUUCAAUAAUAAAUAAAUCUAAAUCCCGUUAUACCCCAAUCCCCUAGUAUCAAUAAAAAAAAGU